AUGGGUAGGAUAAUAUUGUAUGAUAGUUUAGUGGUUGCAAUUGUUUGUUGCUUAUUCAUCUGGCAUGGCUUGUUGCAAUCUGGUGUUAGUGCUAAAAAUACACUUGCACCUGGAGAAUUCUUAUUACCGACUGAUGACGAUUACUUGGAGUCAUCAAAUAAACUCUUCAAGUUAAAAUUCAUGAAGCGACCCGGCUCUGGCUUUAGCUCUGCUAUUAGCUGCUUUUUGAGUAUAGAGUGGGCUAGUUAUGCAGUCACAUCCACUUCUGAAGAAACAACAAUUUGGGUUGCUUGGCUAGGUGAAACUGAAACUUGGUCUUAUAUUUCAGAUUUAAUAAUGAAAAGAGAUGGCCGGUUGUUGAUAUCUGACGAUGUUGAUCAAGAAUUGGUUGUAAACGAUGAUCAACAAUAUCCAUUUGUCAUGAACACAACAGCAACUCUACUUGACACCGGCAACUUAGUGUUGCGGGGUGGGGGUCGUACGUUGUGGCAAAGUUUUGAUCACUCCACUGGUAAUACUUGGAUGCCAGGGAUGAAAUUGGGGUGGUUUGGGCUAAAGAAAACUCCUCAACAGCAGCGUUGUUUGACUUCUUGGACAAGUGAGGAGAAUCCUUCUCCGGGUGCUUUUAGAUUGUGUGUUGAUCCAAACAAUACCAAGCAGCUAGUUGCCAUGCGAAGAGGGGUUGUUUAUUGGCACAGUGGGGUUUGGAAUGGAAACAAUUUUCCAUUUCUUCAAGUCGAUUUUUUCCAUUCAGAAUUUGUUCAAGACAAAAAAUACACAAUGAUAACAUCAUACAUUGACUGUGAUAGUAAUGAUAACGAGGGGUGCCUAAGAUCACCUAAACAAUCUAAUUGUAGUGCGGGAGACAUGUUCAAUUCAACUACUGGUUUCAUCGAAUGGAAUUUAUGGGAACGAGUGUCAUUGAACACCACGUUAAAUAUUGGUGACUGCAAAGAAAUGUGCAUAAAAAAUUGUUCUUACACCGCCUAUGCUACACUCGAAGAAUCUGAUGGAACAGGCUGCAAAUUUUCGUCUUCCACUAAAUACCACUAUGCGUCUCACGGCGACACUCUUUACCUUCGAUAUGCAGCUAUAAGUGUUGACACAGCCCCAAUUGUGCCAUCCAUGCAACAACUUGCUGGUCACGAUGAGGAGUUACCCUUCUUUGAUUUUAAAAGCAUAGAGCUUGCAACAAAUUAUUUUUCUCAAGAAAAUAAGCUUGGUCAAGGAGGAUUUGGUCCUGUAUACAAGGGAAUAUUAGCCAAUGGUCAAGAAAUCGCAGCAAAGCGGCUCUCAAAAAUGUCUGGACACGGAGUUGAGCAAUUCAAAAAUGAAGUUCUAUUGAUCUCCAAAUUGCAACAUAGGAAUCUUGUUAGACUUAUGGGUUGUUGCAUUCAAGGAGAUGAAAGGAUAUUAAUAUAUGAGUACCUCCCAAAUAAAAGUUUGGAUUCAAUUCUUUUUGAUGCAAGAAAGAAAGUUUGUCUUGAUUGGGGAAAGCGUACAUCCAUAAUUAGUGGGAUCGCUCAAGGGCUUUUGUACCUCCACAAAUAUUCAAGACUAAGGAUUAUACAUAGAGAUUUAAAAACAAGUAACAUAUUGUUAGACGUUCACAUGCAUCCCAAAAUUUCUGAUUUUGCAACUGCCAGAAUAUUUAAAGAUAGUGAUUCUCGAGCAAACACAAAAAGCAUUAUUGGGACCUAUGGUUACAUGUCUCCGGAAUAUGUCAUGGAUGGUUGCUUCUCGGAGAAAUCAGAUGUUUUUAGCUUUGGAGUCAUGAUAAUGGAGAUUGUAAGUGGAAAGAGAAACAACGGUUUCUACAAUCCAGAUCGUGUUUCAAAUUUACUUGGUUACGCUUGGGAUUUGUGGAUUGAAGGAAAAAUUUCAGAUCUAAUAGAUCAAACAAUGGACAAAAUGAUUUCAGUCAUUGAAGCGACAAGAUAUAUCCAAGUAGGUUUGCUAUGUGUUCAAGAUAGUGCAACGGAUAGACCAACUAUGACAGAUGUGGUAUCCAUGCUUGGUAAUGAAUCAACAAUCUUACCCAUUCCUAAGCAGCCUGGUUUCUCUGCCAUCAUUGGCUUAAAGUAUGGUGAUGUUGCUAAUAAUUCAAAACCUUGCUCUCUUAAUGAGGUCACAAUUACAGAGAUUGAAGGUCGAUAG